UCAGUUCACAGUUGUCAAAUGAAUUGGAAACGCGAUUGUCGCAUGGUGGCCGAUUGUUUUUCUAAAUACAUGCGAGUCGCGACCAAAAUGAAGAUCCCUGAGAAAACUAUAAAUAAGUUAAAGAAAAUAAAGAAGAAGGUUAAUAAAAUUCAACAUAAAACAGAACAAGUCCUUGUUGUAGCCCAGGAAAUCAAGUUUGCACGUUUACUCUCUGGAAACGAGAAAAAAACUCGUGACAGAGUGCUGAAGGCGCUGAAAAAAUGGCUUUUAAACUGUUUCGAGAAAGGCUACGAAUUCAAAGAGGAUGACUUCACCCGAGUAUGGAAAGGGUUGUUCUAUGCCGUGUGGAUGUCAGACAAACCACUCAUACAGGAAGACCUAUGUGAGAAGAUAUCAGAAGUCCUAGACCUGUUCCCUGCCUCACAGCUCCGCGCUGCUCUGCUGAUGUUCAAGGCAGGGCUCCGUAUACUGGCCACCGAGUGGUACGGGCUCGACCAGCAUCGCACUGACAAGUUUCUUAUGCUGGUCCGCCGCUACCUGCGCGCCAGCUUGCGUUGCCUGCAGCGCCGGCAGUGGAGCGUCAAGAGCUGCAAGUUGUACGCCAGCACCCUCGCCGGCACUGACGGUAUCCUGGCCCUGAAGACGCCUCACUACGCGCGCAACGCCCUCUCCAUGUUGCUGCAUGUACUGGACUGCUACUUGGAAGAAAUCGCCAAGGUAUCAAACGGCGAAAUACCAGAAGCCAGCCUGGUUGAACUGCUGCGUCCAGUAUGUGAGUACAUGUGUAGGGGCGAAGCUCCCUCCGUGUGCGCGGCGGCGCGGCGCCUGCUCACCGCGCUACUGCGGCAGAGCGACGCGGGGCUCCAGUACCAACAGGCUACGGCGGCCUGGCAGAAGAUGGGAUGCCCGGAAGGUGGACCUGAUGCCCUGGAGCUGGUGUCAGAUUCGGAAGAUGAUGAUGAGGAACAGCAGAACGGUGAUGAUGACAGCGUUGUGGAAAUCAGUGAGAAGCCCCUGGACCCGCGGGCGGGCCGCGUGGACGUGGAGUUGCCGAGCCUGCCGGUGCCGGCCCGCGAGCUGGCGAGCAUCCUGCGCGGCGAGCUCGCCACCACACACGCUAGCACGCAGCGCAGGGUGCGGAUAUGUUUGGAGCGUUUCGAGAAGCUAGCAGCGAACGACUACCCCCUCCGGCUCCCCCUUCCUGUGGAGGAGGAGUCGGCCCCCCCUGUGAAGCCCAAGAAGGCGGCCCACUCCCUGCACGCGCUGGAGAAGAAACUCAUCACUGCCAGUGAUGAACUGGCGCUCAGAGGUCUGAGCCGCAAGCACCGCAAGCGUCUCCUGGCCAAGAGUCGGUCGGGGACCUCCAUCAUUGAGGAGUUGGACACCGCCAACCAGAAGCUCAGCAACACUGCUACUAACGGCUGGCAGAUCGAAGAAACGAAGGAACCAGCCGCAAAGAAACAGAAACCCAACUCAAGCAACAAUAACAAGGAAAAUAAAAAGCGGAAACAUGACGGAAAACUACCGAGCGAGGGGAAAAAACGGAAAAUUAACGGAAAUGUCGAUGGUAAACCAGAUACAGUGAGCAAGGAUGGUGCGGACGUAGGACUUAAAGCUAAUGCUAGCAGUAAACAUAAGAAAGUAGAAAAUGGACAUACUAAGAUAGAAAAUAAUAAAAAUAAGAAAGUAGAAAAUGGACAUGCUAAAGUAGAAAAUAAUAAAAAUAAGAAAGUAGAAAAUGGACAUGCUAAAAUAGAAAAUAAGAAAAUAGAACACAAAGAUAAAGCUAAACAUGCUAAAAGUACAGAAAAGAAUAAUAAACCUUUAGUUACUAAGACUAAAGUUAGUCAAGAGCAUAAUAAUAAGAAUACGAAUGUUGAGAAAAGUAGCGACGUUACAGUCAAGGAUAAAAAUAAAAAGGCUGAAGCACAGAAUGUUAAAACUAAUGAAAGUAAUAAAAAAUCUACAGAAACACAGAAUGUAAAGAAAAAUGAAAAUAAACAUGAGAAAAAUACGAAACCGGCUAAAAAUCCAACUUUAGUUGUGAACAAAGUGAAACAAUUUCAGAAACAAAUAAAUAAAUUUGACAAGAAAUCUGAAGCUAAGACUGUACAUUACAAUACUACGCCCAAAAAAGUUAAAUUCGUUUUGAAAAAUAACUCGAUGCAACAACCGGUGGACUACUAUAAGAGUGUUCGACAGAGCCCUAAUAUACCAUUCGAUGGGUCUAAGAAACCCACUAAAACUAACCUGAAACCCUCUACCCCAUCACCUAUAAACCCGUUUUUCAAGAAGAAACUUAGACUUAAAUGAUUUAUUUAAGAUUUAAUUCAGUUAUUAUUAUGUAUCUUGCGAUAUGGUGAUGAUAAUUAAUCCAUCUAUAUAUAAAAAAAAUACAUAAUAUUAUACACGUAUUUUUUUUUCACCAAAUAAAAUAUCCCAUAUCUGACCAAAGGCCUCUUCUCACACGGAGAAGGUUUGAGCAUUAAUCACCACGCUUGCUCAAUGCGGGUUGGCGAUUUCAAACUUAUAUUUAGAAAUUAUAAGCCCAGGUUUCCUCACGAUGUUUUCCUUCACCGUUUGUCAGUGGUGUCUAAAUAAUCUUA